GUGUACUUGUAAAAUAAUGUAAUAAUAACAUUCACAUAAAAUUGUACCUAAAUCCUAAUUAUUAAGUAUUUUAAUUAAUAAAUAGGUAAAUAUUCUUUGGUUUUGUGAGAAUAAAAUAUGUAUAAAAUUUAAAAUACUAUAGUACAUAUUACAUAGCCUAUUAUUUGUCGGUUUCUUGGUUAGUCAUCUGUUAUUUGUUAGAGAGGUACCUAUAAUAUUUUAAUCGUAAUUGUUAUUUAUUAAAAAAUAAUUGACGUCUCAAUUUCAUUUCAAUAUAAAUCAAUGGUAUGUCUGAAAUAGGCGCUAAGUAUUUAGUUGUUGGUGGUGGAAUUGCUGGUGUAACUUGCGUUGAAUCCCUGGCUAUAUUACACCCAGAGGAGAGCCUUGUUAUUGUGACGGCAUCAUCGUUAGUAAAAAACGUAACCAAUGUGAGCUUCUACGCAAAAACAAUUGUUAAAUUUGACGUUCAUGAUACUGAAGCUGCUUCAUUACAAAAAAUUCAUCCAAACCUUAAAAUAGUAUAUGAUUCUCUAAAGCACAUUGAUACAACCAAUAAGACUGCAGUAACUGAGAGUGGAACUUUAAUUAAAUAUGAUGUCGUGUGUAUUUGCACUGGCGGAAUACCCAGGCUUAUAGCAGAUGCAAGAAAAUGCAAGAGAAUCCUUGGCAUCCGUGAUACAGAAUCAGUUGAAGAGUUUAAAGAGAAGUUAAGUAAUGGACGGAGAAUGGUUAUAGUUGGAAAUGGUGGUAUAGCAUCAGAAAUUGUUCAUGCAACUAGGGGUAUACAAAAGAUCUGGGUUGUAAGGGAUGACUAUAUAUCAGCUACAUUUGUAGAUCCAGGUGCUGCCGAGUUCUUUCAGAAUACAUUUAAACAUAAUUCAAAUGACAAAAACAGAAGCAGCAUAUUGAAAAGACAUGUAUUUACAGAAGAAGACACACUUGUGUCAAUCAAUAAAAACUUGAAGUCUGCUGCGCUUGGCCCAGACUGGUAUAGAAAAUUGGAAAAUAUAAGAAAUGAAACUGGUGAACAAGAACUUCAAAUUAUAUAUAAAGUGGAGGUUGAGUCUGUUAUAGAAAGAAAUAAUAGUGAAUACCCACUGGAUGUAAAAUUGACUGAUGGUAAACUUAUUCAGUGUGACUUUGUUAUAUCUGCCACAGGAGUAGAUCCAGCAGUAAACUUUUCAUGGGAUAUUGAACCAGUGUAUGGAAAGGAUGGAGGUCUGGCUGUGAAUGAGCAGCAAGAAACAUCAAUCAAAGAUGUAUUUGCGGCUGGUGAUGUAGCUUGUGCGUCUUGGGAUUUUUCACCACAAUGGUUCCAACUAAGGCUUUGGACCCAAGCAAGACAAAUGGGUAGCAUGGCUGCCAAAGCCAUGCAUGCCCGAAUUACAAAUGAAGAAGUAUUACAAGAUUUCUGUUUUGAACUAUUUACACAUUGCACUACCUUGUUUGGGUACAGAGUUGUGCUUUUAGGGAAAUAUAAUGGGCAAGGACUGGAUCAGGAUUAUGAAAUUCUGUUAAGAACAACACCUAACCUUGAAUAUAUUAAAUUUGUUCUCAAAAAUGGAAAAUUGCAAGGUGCCAUCCUUAUUGGGGAAACAGACUUAGAAGAAAUGUGUGAAAAUUUGAUUCUGGAUCAAAUAGACCUGACUCUAUUUGGGGAUGAUAUUCUUAAUCCAGAUAUUGAUAUAGAUGAUUAUUUUGACUAAUGUACCAUACUAUAGGAAACCCAAUAGAAUGAAAUAUGUAUUUUUUAUUCUGGAAAUGUAAAUUGAUAUUUAUUUAAAUAUAUAAUAUUAAUUGUUA